AUGGAGAUUGCUACGACAUGCCCUUUGCAUUUAUUUCCAAAACAACAGAGAGUCCAAAGCAGAGGUGUGAGGUUCAAUUUACUCGAUGUCUCGUCGCUACCUGCUAUAAACCCUAAGCCACACGACACACGGGUUCUGGGUAGAGCUGGAAGACAUGGCACGGAAACUUGCGACGCUCCGAAGAAACGCCAACAUCGUUCUGAUGAAGAAACUCCAUCGUCGGUGAAGAGACAGAAGAAGACCGUCGUCGAAGUGGACUCAACUACUACUAAGGCGAAAUCUAUUAGGAAGUUGACACCGAGUCUUCACAAACCAGAGUCCGAGUCAGAGACGCUCCCAAAAGUUACUAAACCGGUGGAUGCGAGAGCAAUUACAACAAAGAUUGCUAAACCGGUGGAUGCCAGAGCAAUUACAACAAAGAUUGCUAAACCGGAGAACUCGACUACAGCGAAGCCUGAUGGGAGGAUUGAUUUGAAAAACUUGAUAGCAAAGGCACAACAUAAAAUCCAUGAGAAGAGCCACAUCGAUCAUCGAAGAGAACACAUUGCAAGGCAGAGGAUAGCUGCUCGCUUAGCUCUAAAUGAAAUGGUAGCAACCGUUUUCUUUGACCAUCAUCUGAACUAUUAUAAAGAACUGGAACAGCUUGGCUACACAUUCAUGCGAGAUGAACUUGACUGCUUGAACAUGUUCAGUUUGUGGUCAAGAAGCGACUACAAUGGUGAAACCAACUCUGUCUUGGAA